GGAAGCAGCAGCCACGUCGAACUUCAUUUCCCAGGAGGAAAUGUAAUCUGUCAGUUGUAUACGAUCUACGAGCUCAGACAGGCAGUGCAAGGGACGACUCAUCUGAACGGUGUCAAUUCUGUCUGUCUUUCAAUGAUUAUUGCAUUUGCAGUCAAAAGAGGCAACAUUUAAUCUCACUUGGCUAUAAAUAGUGAAUCCCUAGCCCCCCGCCCGCUACCCUUGCACAGAGAUAUGAGCGGCAGCGGGCGGCCCAGAACUAGCUCGUUUGCUGAGCCACAAGGUGUUCCCGGAGCCACUGCAGCAUCCACUGGAUCAGCCGCUGCCGUGGGGAGCAGCACGGGAAAGACCGGGGUCCCGCAGGCCUCGGGGAGCAGUUCGUCUGGAUGCUCGAAUUUAAAGCUGUCCAGGGACAGUGGGAAGGUGACUACAGUGGUGGCCACAUCUGGGCAGGGUCCCGACCGUCCACAGGAGGUGUCCUACACGGACAUCAAGGUGAUCGGGAAUGGCUCCUUCGGUGUGGUGUACCAGGCGCGCCUCAUCGACAGCCAGGAGAUGGUGGCCAUUAAGAAGGUGCUGCAGGAUAAGAGGUUCAAGAACCGAGAGCUACAGAUCAUGCGAAAGCUGGACCACUGCAAUAUCGUGAGGCUACGCUACUUCUUCUACUCUAGUGGUGAAAAGAAGGAUGAGGUGUAUCUCAACCUGGUGCUGGACUUUGUCCCGGAGACCGUGUACAGGGUGGCCCGGCAUUUCAACAAGGCCAAAAGCAUCAUUCCGAUCAUUUACGUCAAGGUGUACAUGUACCAGCUGUUUCGCAGCCUGGCCUAUAUCCAUUCCCAGGGUGUCUGCCACCGAGACAUCAAACCCCAGAACCUGUUGGUGGACCCUGAAACGGCCAUCCUAAAGCUCUGUGACUUUGGGAGUGCUAAGCAGCUGAUUCGUGGGGAGCCCAACGUGUCGUACAUCUGUUCGCGGUACUACCGCGCCCCAGAGCUCAUCUUCGGCGCCACCGACUACACGGCCAACAUCGACAUCUGGUCGGCGGGCUGCGUGCUGGCCGAACUGCUGCUGGGACAGCCCAUCUUCCCCGGAGACAGCGGAGUGGACCAGCUAGUAGAGAUCAUCAAGGUUUUGGGAACUCCAACACGUGAACAGAUCCGUGAAAUGAACCCCAAUUACACAGAGUUCAAAUUCCCCCAGAUCAAAGCGCAUCCCUGGACUAAGGUGUUUAAGCCUCGCUCCCCUCCGGAGGCCGUCGCCCUGUGCUCGCGCCUGCUGGAAUACACCCCGGUGACGCGCUUUUCGCCCCUGGAGGCCUGCGCUCACUCCUUCUUCGACGAGUUGCGCCAGCCCAACGCCCGGCUGCCCAGCGGCCGAGAGCUGCCCCUUCUCUUCAACUUCAGCACCACCGAACUGUCAAUCCAGCCCCAGCUGAACUCCACCCUCAUUCCUCCUCAUGCCCGCGCACAGACUGCUUCCUCUGAUGGCUCUGGGUUAGACGGCUCUUCUCAGCACAGCUCUGUACCCGGAUCACUAAACAGCACCUGAAAUGUCCCUGCAAACCCUCGGUCUGCCAGCCCGACACACGCACACACACACCUCUGUCUGCCAGCCUAAACACACACACACACACACACACACACACACACACACACACACACACACACACACACACACACACACACACACACACACACACACACACACACACACACACACACACACACACACACACUGUAUUGCUUCUUCCUCGCUGCUUGUUAUUUUUCCCCAUUGGUUACAAACAUACCUUUUUUGUACUGUACAUACAUUGAACAAACCAUUCAUAGCCGGAAGAGGAGAUCAUUAGCUGACAAGGUAGUUUUGUUACAUGAAAUUGAAACUCGAUCAGCACUACAGGCUAAGAGUUGGAGACACAAACACACUUUCUCAUGUACUGACACCUUAAGUGUUAUCCCACUCCCUCGCUGCAUCUCCUUUGGCCCUCUUUCUCUCCGGCUGUUUAUAACACUCAUGUCCCGGCUGUUGGGGGUGACAUUUAAAGCUCCAGUAGGUGGGACAGGUCCUCUCUAUAAUACUUUUUUAUUUUUUAUUUUUUUAAAUCAAGGUAUUUUUUUUCUUUUUAUUUUGUUUUAUUUAUUUGACUGAGAACUUCAUGGCGAGUUCCUGCCACCACCACACACAAAGUGAACAGGAGUUUGUCUCUAGAAGCCAAUUGAGGUGUUUCCCCAGUUAGUCUACGAUGCGACCAAAUGAUUCUAAUGGGAUAAAAUGCUGUUCGUUGCAAGAUGGAGAGAUGAAGAGGCUGUGUUUGUUUUAUACUUUUAAAUGAUAUUUAAAAAGAGAUUAAAUGACAGCUGCUUUUUUCUUUUACUUGUAAAUGUAUUUAUUUUUUAAUUUGCUUCGGAAAAGGCACUGAGUUUUUACAUUGAAAGGGGAGUGCAAGUUAUAGGUAGCCGUACUUGCUAGCAAUUUCCCAUGUGUGUUGAGGACCUAAAGGAAAAGUUUUGACAGAGGGUGGUGGAGUUAGAGAGAUCCAGGAUUCACAUCUAUGUAGCAGCAUCUCUCCCACUGACAAUCCCAAACUGAGCCUACUUUUACGGUCCGUGGGAAGACGAUCAAGGUGCUAUCGAUGAUUAAGACUGCUGUGGUAGUCAAUUGUCACCUUCCUAUUGGCUUCAAUAAAUGGCAUAGCAUCAAUUAUAUUUGGUGCUUGUUAUCCAUUCAUAGCAUGAACUCUUCUGAACUCCUGAUUUUGAAAGCGGGAGCUUUCUGAAAGUAUAUACAAACCCGUGCUGUGUUUUGAGAUGUUCAUUUCAAAUUUGCAGUGAAGAAAGUGGACUUUUCGCAGCACACUUGUAAGAAUCUUUGUCAGUGUGGCACCCAUCUAGAUUGUAGAGGACGAAGGGAUUAUCAACUAUGGGGGUUCAGCCUUAUGGACAUAAAUAUAUACUAUAUAGAGUAGUUAACUCCAGUUUGGACUUUGACAUAGACCAUGAUCCCCGUUCCUUAUAGUAAAUUCUCUGAAAUGGGAGUCGAGGUGGGUCUGUGUGAAGACUUACUCUGUUACUGGUGUAGAAGGGCAGAUAGCUAGUUCAUAGUAGUCCUAUAGGCUUGUACUUUGCUAUGUGCUUGUGGGAGUUCAUGAGAAUAAGUGAGAAAUUGAAGGGUGGGGGGAAUAGCAGAGUAUUUGUGUGUUCAUGUGAAGAAUUGUACCCGCCAAUUCAAACUGCACCGUUUUUAAAAAGCCAGUGUUGUAGGUUUAGUUCAGUUCUCAGUAAUGACCACUUGAAUGCUUUCUAGUGCAGGCGCGUUAUGCUAUUGUACAACCUCUGCCACCCCCUUGUAUGAACAACCCUCAUGUGCUGACAUUGAUUUAAAUAACUCAUUUUCCCUCCCUUUAUCUCUUUGAAGCCAUCUGCUUCCUAGCCCAGAAUCCCAACUGAUUUGCUUGAAAUGUAGCAUAUCGUUUUGGAUUCCAUUUGCUUCUCUCCCUGACCUAUGCCCCCCCAUCUUUCUUAUUGCACAUCUGUAAAUAUCACCCACUUUUUUUUUUUUUUUUCAUUUUCCUCGUUAUUUGUAUUGCCGUUUAUUUUCCAUUACCUGUUGAAGCCGUCCGUAACAGACUGGUCUCAUUCCCAUUCAAAAGUCUGUAAAUACAAUUUGUUUUCGAUGUCCUGAUUUAUGAUGUAUAUACCACCCUACAAAAAAAAUACAAAAAAAAUCUCCCUCUUUGUUGUCUCUCUCCAUCUCUCUGGUUGUGCACCCCAUCAACAUACCAUUGUAC